UAGCUAUGCGGAUGAAUUAAGCAGGCUAUGAAGAGAUGAGUCAAUACGUAAGAAGAAAACAACAAGGGCUGGCUCAUCUUUAUUCUUUACCUAUUCCUCCUCCUAUUUCACACUGCUGCGCGUGCACGGUAACUAACCAAGUAAUAUUUGCAAUGAGCAAACAUUCGAUUCUCAGCAGAUGGAUUACGUAAAACUAAAGAAAAUGCGGACUGCAUAGAAAGGAAGAAAAGGAGACAAAGAGAAUCAAGAACAUGGCAACACCUUCAAACAUGGAGGUAGACUUGCACGGACUGUUUAAGGAUAACAAAACCUUCGACUAUGACGAUUAUGAGUACAAGGAGGUGAUCUGCGCGUCCAGCACAGUUUCUGGUGCCUUGGCGGUCUUCAUUCCCCUGCUUUACACUGUGGGGCUCUUAUGUGGGCUGCUGGGAAACGGACUGGUGCUGGUAAUACUCUGGCGUAAGAGGCUGAACCUGAGUGUGAUGGACAUUUUCAUCUUUCAUCUGACUGUAUCAGACACUCUCCUGCUGCUUACACUGCCUCUCUGGGCUGUAGAUGCGGUUAAGGGAUGGAACAUGGGCACAGGGCUCUGCAAACUUGCUGGUGCUCUGUUCAAGAUCAAUUUCUACUGUGGUAUCUUCACAUUGACCUGCAUCAGUGUUAACUGCUACCUGUCCAUCAUCCCUGGAGUACAGAUGUUUUCCUGUGAAAAACGGUGGUUGGUUUAUGGUUGCUGCCUGCUUAUAUGGAUCGUUUGCUUGAUCCUUUCAAUCCCUGAUUGGAUCUUUCUGAAGCACGUAAGGGGUACAUGUAUUCACUUUUAUACACCUGAUUCCUGGCGUCUUGCCUCUCGUUUUCCACAUAUCGUGAGCUUUGUUCUACUCGUGCUGCUGUUCUGUUGUUUCUUCGUCCUGCUGAAGCUACGGCACAACUCCAAAUGCCAGAAGAAGAAGGGUCGGAGUACAGCUGUAACUGCAGUCCUUGUGCUGGCUUUCUUCGUUUGCUGGACACCCUACAACAUUACCUUCAUCGUUAACACGGCUCAGCCAAUGAUUAGCGCCCCUUCAGCAGGGGCAGAUGAGUGUGAAGGGAGCCAGUGGACAGCUAUCAAAAUAACGGCCAUUUUUGGGCUUCUCCAUUGCAUUGUCAAUCCUGUUAUUUAUCUCUGUUUCUCUAAAGAGUUUCGGCGACGCGCACUGACUUUGAUAAAGUUCAGUGCUUGUAAAACAGACCGUAAUGAGGUUUCGCUUUGGGACUCUAGUGGAGUAAACGGUAAUGCUUCUGUCCAAGAGGUACAAGGUUCACUUCAACCAAUGAAUGACAUUCAACCAACAAUAAAGACACAGGAUUAUGAUACAUAAAUACAAUAAAAACAAUAAUUGACUACUGGAUGCUCUGAAUCCCAUAAUUCCUGAAAUAUUGGAAGACAAAGGGUCCUACAAAGGCUUUUGUACAUGCAUUCUGGUAAAUUCUCCAUUUAACUAGAUAAUGAAGUAAAACAUUAUGCUCUUAUUAAGGAAUGCUGGCCAACUCAUUUACACUUCUAAUUCAGUAAAAUGACUAUACUGUUGAUUAUUGCUCUUCCAAUGUUAUAUUUAUUCAUUUUUUUCUGUAAGUGUCUUGGAAUAAUGUUCCGAAACAAUAUUUGGCAUUUUGGCCGAUACUGUGCCUAUUUGCUUGAUGAUAGAACUGUUCAUUUCCACUUGUCAAUUUCAAUGGAUAAUACAUAUUGCAACCAUGAAAAUGUCAACUGUAUUGGAUGCAUUCACGUAUGAACCAUGCAUUUAUUUUAUUUUUUUAUAUAAAGGCUGCUGUAGUUGGGAGUAAAAGUUCUGAGAUGUGUCUGAAUUUCAUCACCUCCCUGCAUCAGCGGAUCUGUAGAUGAACAUGAUAUCAUUUGUGUUCUCAUGACAGGAAGUCAUAUCAGUUUCUUAACAAUGACAUGUGUUUUGUUUUUUUUUAAAUGUCUUUAGUGGUCUCUAAAGUGGGUUUAGAGACUUACAUGUGAAGGAACACAGUGCUAUUUUAAUGUACCAAAUUCCUAUCUUCACACUGAAGUGAAAGAUAAUGAUCUGCUACUUCUGUUAAACUAAAAACGUCAAGUAAAUGUUUAUGAAAGAA